CUUCACUGCUAGUCUGCCAAAACCUCGCACUUCCCAAGAGCAGCCUAUCCCAAUACCAGUUAUUUUCACCCGAUUUUCCUCUGCGAUGAGCCGACAGGGCAGCGUACCCAAUACGACCACCACCAGCUCGACAGCCAACUGCAGCUGUGGGUCGGUUUGCUGGCUGUGUUGUGGGGGACUUGGGGGAAAGGUGGGGGAGUCGACCGCGGGCUCCAGCAUGGAGCACGCCCAGCAGUCAACGUCCACUCAGCAGAUGCGCCAGAACGGACACAUCCGGCCCCUGCGCUCGUGGAGCUCGUCAGAGAAGCGAAGGCCGGUGGCUGAGGAGUCGAUGGUGCGUUCGCGGACCAGCCCACGGAGAUUCAGCGUGGGCGGCUCUGCCUCAGGGGCCAUCAGUGGGUGUCGGUCCCGUGGCCAACUGGCGUUACACGCGUGGGCAGAAGAGGACGAAAUGCAGCAGCCCAUUUCGCCAAACUACUAUUUGCAGAAAGCGUGUGGUGAUCGGGCGGCAGAUGGCGAUCGCCGCGGAGCGGGUAUAAAUAGCACCGGCAGGCAUUGGGUAGACGCAGGCAAAGAAGCACUUGGCGCCAAACCGUCGAUCCCCGAAACACUGCACAACUUUUACGAGCUGGGGUCAUCGAGCAGCUCCAGCGCACCGUCGUCAAGGCGCAACAUUCCUGGGAGGCAAGUGCAGGGAGGGCGGUAUUCGAUUUCCAUCCCGUCGAUGAUCAGCUCACCGCUGUCAUUCAACCAGCCGUUUUUGGCAUCCCGGACGUCGAUGUAUGGCAAGCACCCGCCGUCCAGCCAGAUCCGGGCCGCACACAUCGACUGGGACAGCCUGUCGAUGAUGGAGGAGCUUGGGUGGAAUGCGCCGAGCAGCAGCCGUGCGGACUGGCAGGUCUGGCGCGGCCCUGGCGCGCCAGGUUUUGCGGCGAAUGGCAGCACCAGCGGUCACGGGAAGGCCGCCAAGGGCGGCAAUCCCUUUAUGCAGCAACCCCAGGUCGCCUUUACGCAGCAGCUGCAGCUUCAGCAUCAGCAGCAACAAUACCUGCACUGUCUGCAGCACAUGCAGCACAUCAGCCAACAGCCCCACCCGACCCACCAGCAGUACCAAGGGCAGCAGCCCCACCACCCGCAGUUGCAGACGCACCAGCAAUCGCAGACACACCAGCCGACGCAGCCCCCGCUUCCGACCAUGCAGCCGCCAGCACAUGCCCACCCGCAAGUGGCACCCCAGGCAGGGCCAAACGGAGCACAGCAGCCGAUCCCUGUCCCCGGCGGGCACUUGUUUGGGGAUGCUCUAGGAAUGGCCGGCAUAGCCGAGCACGGUGCUCGGUCGACACCGCUGUCGCUGCUGGGCGAGCGUGGCCAGCAGCUGGCGUGGGAGUACGCGCGCCAGUUCCACCCGAUUUUAGUCAGCUUCUCCACCGCGUCGCCACACAAGCUGUCGGUGUCGUGGCGGUGGACGCUCUUGUUCUUCCUGGCAUUAUCGACGCUGUGCGUUGUUGUUGGAGUGCCGGUGGUUCUGACCAUUCUGCUUCGCCAGGAGGAAUCCUUUUUUGUGAAGCACUAGCUACCAAAACGUUUUCCACACGUCUUUGCAGAGCCCCAUGCUUUAUUUUUGCAAAGCGAACUGGUUCAUUAUUUUCAUGCACCAUCCCCAGAACACCUGGUCCUUUGUUUUGGCUUGUUGCAGGUUCGGAAUCACUACUGAAAUUAAAAAGUCUUGCGAAACCGUGGUCCCAGACAAUGGCCUGCAGCGGCUCUUUCAAAAGAGUGAAUGAACCGGCCACAGCUAUUUUUAGUGCCCAUUCGUGUUGUCGCAGUGCAAGACCGAAGGCACAGAACGGUCCCCGCCAUUUUCGGGCCGCCGAGUGCGAGAUUGUUGCGCAGUAGUCGGCGCCACGGCCAGGUGUGGCGGCGAGCAUGAAAGCGGGGAAGCUAGGUCGCACAACUGUC